GAUUUUUCUGCUGCAGUAUCGGCCAAAGGUAGUGCUAUUUUUUAUGCAAAUUCAACGGUGAUUGCGGCUGCUCCGAUUUAUUUAUUUCACGGGGUGCAUCAAAUGGAAAUAUCUAAUUCGUGGAUUGUUUGGAUAAUAUCUACUCUGAUCGCGUCUUAUUUGAUUACCUUCUCGUAUAAGAAUGUGAAACACGUUCUUAAACACAAAAUUGUUGUCAAAAGAAGUGAAGCUGUCACACGAGAAAUGAACCGCAAAUUGGCAGAUGAUAAAAAGAUGUCCAAAAAAGAGAAAGAUGAACGAAUUUUAUGGAAAAAGAAUGAGGUUGGAAAUUAUGAGGCGACAACAUUCUCAAUUUUUUGGAAUAAUAUUUUAUUUAUAUCACUUAUUCUUUUCUUGUCUUUCUUCGUAUUUGCCUCAGUUUCACCAUUUUUCAACUGUGUUCUUUCAAUGAUUGGCGCAUCGGGACUUGUCGCUCUUUUCUCCACUGCAAAAUAA